AUGCUGCGGACCCCGAAUUGUUGCCCACGUCCAUGCUGCCAGGGGAAACGACCGCCAUUCCUGGAAGACGAGGAAGACUACGAUGAGCCUGGCGGUAACCCACAACAACCGGAGCAGCCAAUUCCACCGAAAACCUGCUGCGCGGGCGCUGCCGUUCCUCCUCCACCUCCCCCUCCUCCACCCCCGCCACCGCCGCCAGAGCCUCCCGUCGAGUGUUGCGACGAUUUGCCGCCACCUCGGAAAAGCGGAUGCGGAUGCCCGAAUGGCGAUUGCGGAUGCGGCAAACCCUGUUGUUACUACCAAAAUCCGUCAUGCUGUGCCCAGGGUCUCCCCUGUUGCCCACCAAUUCUUCCAUUGCCAAAACUGCCGUGUUGCUUGAAGCCCUCAACCCCGCAAUGCUGCACCGCUGCCCCACCUUGUUUACGUGCUUGCCCGGGCUGUCCAUGUCGAAAGCGUGUGAUGCUUGGGAAACGCGCCAAACGCGGGGCUCACUGUAUGGCAUGCGCCGCCGUAAACGGGCUGACGGCCCCUCGCGCGGGUGGUCUCUACGAGCGCUCGCGGGCUUCGAGGAUUCGACGAGAUGCGGGGGGAUGUGCCCAAUGCGUCAACGGCGAGCCUGUCAAGCAACGAGUGAAGCGAACAGCUUGCCAGCCCUGUACAUAUCUACAACCGCAAUAUUCUGAAAAUAACCCGUUCCUCCCCGGUGGGCCCCAGCUGAUGAGCCAGGUGGGCAGACCACUGAAGCGCAGCAAACGCGAGGAGGGAAAAUGCCUACCCCAUCCCCAAUGUACGCUGGCGCCGAAACGACGCUCGAGGCGAAACGUGCAUUCACAGUACUGCGAGCCCUGCGGCGGUUUAUAUGGUCGCAGAAAACGCGAGGCCGAGCAGGACGCGUGCAUUCGCAGGAAUCUGGAGCAAAAAGACCGGUGCGAGAAGCAGUUCCACGAUGAAUUUGAUGCCGAAGAUGGAGAGGGGUCUGUGCUGAUGCGGAUGAAACGGCAGGCAUAUGACGGCAAGGGAUUACUGGACCUCGUGAAGGUGAUGAGCAAAGCCGCUGCUGCUCCCACAGUGACCGCCGGUUGCGUUAAGUUCCCUGCAUGUGUUCUUGCUCAGAAAAGAAGAAGGAAGCGCCAUGCAGAACGGAUGGAGCAGUAUCACAAGGCACUUGCCGAGCACAAAGAGCAACAUAGCCGUGUAAAACGGCAGUUUUUUACCCCCGACCAGAGCGCGAACUGCGUCCCCUGCCCAGCUUGGGUGACCAUGGCAUUAGCUAGCCGGAAGAAACGUGGAGCCGCGGAAAAUGACGAAGAUCUUGUCGAGCAGGAUGGACCGAAGAUGAGUCUCUCGGACGCGAUCAAAGAUAUACGCCGGAAAAAGGGCUAUGAACCCGGCUUUAAGCACGGAACUCGUUCGGGUGGGCACUGUGACCAAACGCACGACUGCUUGAAUGAGGUAGAAUACGCCGUGUACAUGAAGGUCUAUCAUACGCGGACAAAGAGAAGCGCGAAGAGGAGCAAGUGCACGCAAUGCGGAACCUCGGAUCUUUUGAGGAAGAGGGUCAAGAGGAGCUUCGGGCCAGAUGUCAACGCGUCAGAGCAUGAUUGCCUUGCUUUCCCUCUAUGUCGAAACCGCGUCAAAAGAAAUUUCAUCGAUUGCAAUAUCUGUACGGCGACACCGAAUCGUCGGAAGCGUACCGUGGAAACAGAGGAUCUCGUGGAAUUGCUACCCAUGCCCGCAGGGCUGAUCACCGGAAUCUCGACCAUUCCG